AUGCCAUUAUCAUUAGUAAACUCGGGCAUUUACAACAAUCUUACAUAUAAAUAUGUGGGUACAAUUGAGGCUUCUGUGAACGCCAAAGGAGAUUCUCUGCAAGUUUCUCUUUCCCAAUCUUUUCAGAGGUUCAAAAUGUCUCUUCUUUUGCUUUUUCUGAUGAUUGUCCCUUCAGUCCUCUGCAGUGAUUACAGAUGGUCUAGUUGCGACAAUCCCUCAACAUACGCAGAGGGUAGUAAGUAUUCCACAAACUUGAACCAAGUUCUCAAUGACCUGUCUUUUAAUGCACCCAAAAGUUUAGGGUUUAACACAUCUUUCCGGGGCACAUAUCCCAAUGAAGUCUAUGGCUUACUCCAGUGUAUGGGGUAUAUAUCACCAGCCAAAUGCUCAGAUUGUUCAAGGCAGGCAAUUAACAGUAGUCAAGAAUACUGCCCUAACAACAUGGGUGUGCGGGUGUGGAUGGAACAGUGCUUCUUGCACUAUGAUAACAACAGUUUCAUUUCAACACUAGAUGCCACUCCUAUUGUUCUCUCAAGUUACGAUAAUGUGACAGGCAAUAUAGAGAAUUUUAAGGCCACAACCUCUAGUCUUCUUUCAUUUUUGUCUGAUACAGCUUGUACAUCUGCGAAUAAGCUAUUUGCUGUAGGAUCGGCCACCUACUCGACUUCCAAUCAGGUAUACGGUCUAGUUCAGUGCUGGAGAGAUUUAUCCAUCAAUGAUUGUAAGUCCUGUUUGGAUGAAGCAACACAAGCGUUGGAGGAGUACUAUACGCAACAAGGAGCUCAGGUUCUGUCAGGAAGCUGCACAGUCAGAUAUGAGGUGUACCCAUUUUUUGAGGCUUUGCCUCAAGGAAUGGCCGAUUAA